AUUACUGAGAGGAGAAAUGGCACAGAGAGGAGUUCAGCUGGACCGAGAAACUUUCUCUUGUUCGAUCUGUUUGGAUCUACUGAAGGAUCCAGUGACUACAACCUGUGGACACAGCUACUGCAUGAACUGUAUUCAAACCCACUUUGAUGAAGAGGACAAGAAGGGAAUCCACAGCUGCCCUCAGUGCAGGAAGACUUUCACACCGAGGCCUGUCCUGGAGAAAAACAUCAUGUUAGCAGCUUUAGUGGAGCAGCUGAAGAAGACUGGACUCCAAGCUGCUCCAGCUGAUCACUGCUAUGCUGGACCUGAAGAUGUGGCCUGUGAUGUCUGCACUGGGAGGAAGCUGAAAGCCAUCAAGUCUUGUCUGGUGUGUCUGAUCUCUUACUGUGAGAAACACAUACAGCUUCAUUUUGAGUCUCCUGCCUUUGAAAAACACAAGCUGGUGGCCCCCUCCAAGAAGCUCCAGGAGAACAUCUGCUCUCGUCAUGAUGAGGUGAUGAAGAUUUUCUGUCGUACUGAUCAGCAGAGUAUCUGUUAUCUCUGCACAAUGGAUGAACAUAAAGGCCAUGAAACAGUCCCAGCUGCAGCAGAAAGGACUGAGAAGCAGAAGGAGCUCGAGGUGAGACGACUAAACAUCCAGCAGAGAAUCCAGGAGCGAGAGAAAGAUGUGAAGCUGCUUCAACAAGAGGUGGAGGCCAUCAAUGGCUCUGCUGAUAAAGCAGUGGAGGACAGUAAGAAGAUGUUCACUGAGCUGAUCCGUCUCAUCCAGAAAAGAAGCUCUGAUGUGAAGCAGCAGGUCAGAUCCCAGCAGGAAACUGAAGUGAGUCGAGUCAAAGAGCUUCAGGAGAAGCUAGAGCAGGAGAUCGCUGAGCUGAAGAGGAAAGACGGCGAGCUGGAGCAGCUCUCACACACAGAGGAUCACAACCAGUUUCUACACAACUACCCCUCACUGUCAGCACUCAGUGAGUCUACACACUCAUCCAGCAUCAAUAUUCGUCCUCUGAGGUACUUUGAGGAUGUGACAGCAGCUGUGUCAGAGACCAGAGAUAAACUACAGGACAUUCUGAGAGAGGAAUGGACAAACAUCUCACUGACAGUCACUGAAGUGGAUGUUUUACUGUCACCACCAGAGCCAAAGACCAGAGCUGGAUUCUUAAAAUAUUCACAUGAAAUCACACUGGAUCCAAACACAGCAAACACACAUCUGUUAUUAUCUGAGGGGAAAAGAAAAGUAACAUCUAUGAAACAACAACAGUCUUAUUCUGAUCAUCCAGACAGAUUCACUGGAUGGCUUCAGGUCCUGAGUAGAGAGAGUCUGACUGGACGUUGUUACUGGGAGGUGGAGUGGAGAGGGGGAGGGGGAGGAGUUGGUGUUGCAGUCGCAUACAAGAAUAUCAGCAGAGCAGGGAGCUCUGAUGAAUGCAAAUUUGGAUUCAACAACAAAUCUUGGUCUUUACGUUACGAUUCAAAUGGUUUUCAGUUUUGGCACAAUGAAGUCCACACUGACCUCUCAGGUCCUCGGUCCUCCAGAGUAGGAGUGUACCUGGAUCACAGAGCAGGUAUUCUGUCUUUCUACAGCGUCUCUGAAACCAUGACUCUCCUCCACAGAGUCCAGACCACAUUCACUCAGCCGCUCUAUGCUGGACUUCGGUUCUUUUAUUAUGACAAUGACACUGCAGAGUUCAUUAAACUGAAAUAGACAGAAAUGACUGAAAGACACUUGGUUAAAACUAGUGUUUCGGUUUCCACUUUCUUUUGUCUCUUUCAUUGUUGCUCAGACGUCAUUGAUGUGCUGUUGCUUAACCUGUCAGUAACACUUUAUUGGUGCGACUUUGACAUUGCAUUAUUUGUUGUCUAGUUAAUGAUUGGCUUUGUUUUAAUCAAGGAAAAGUGUUUCACUCUGCAGAAACAAUACAGCCUCAUAUAUCUUUGUAAAUGUUGUAUGUUGUUCUAAUUAAGGUAUUUAAUGUAAAACAUCCAAUUUCUAGUUUGUUAUAUCUUCUACACAAGAGUUAUUCUUUAUGGGAAACUGUUUUUCAUUUAUGUGCACUGUCAUGUUUUA